AUGGAGGAGCGUCAGAGGAGGACGCAGGGGCUGGCUUGCUCAUGGGUGCUUCAGAGAGAAUGCAUUUCUAUUCACAUCGGCCAAGCAGGUGCACAGAUCGGAAAUGCCUGCUGGGAACUGUACUGCUUAGAGCAUAGCAUAGAUCAGAGUGGAUUUCUGGAUGAAUCAGUCGACCAAAAGAAAAUGGAUUCGCAG